GGCUGUUACUACCGUUCUUUUUAAUAAUUAUGUGAUCUAUUGUCUCUUUAAAUUGUAUUAAAGUAAGUUGACCCUCUAUAUACUUCAUCAAAACCAGAAGGCUGAAUAAACGAAUAACGUGAAGGCUCAAAGUCUAUGUAUGGAGAUUCGGCCUAAAACACACACCACAAUGGCGACCACUCCUGUGGAACCCCAGUUGCUCUCAAUUGCUCGAAAAGAUGCCCAGAAAGUACUGGAAGUGUACGUCAAACGCAGCCUAAGCAUGAACGAAGGCACUCGAGAAACUGUGAGGUCACUGGGCAGAGGAAGGUCUAAGAAUGAAACCGUUGGAAAGAAAACGGUGAAGAGAUCAGUCAGUGACACCACUGAGCACCUGAGACCUGUGCUUGAGGAGAAACACCACAUGUCCACCGAUUCUGUGCACUCUGUCAGCACUGCUGAGGCGGAGACCAAAGCGGAGAAUUCGGCAGAGUUUGAACGAAUGCAAAGAAAAUCCAUAAAAAAGGGCAAAAAAACAUCAUCCCUUUUUAAGAACUUCAUUAGCUUAUUCUGGAGGAAGGGGGGUGAUGAGAAGGAAUCGGAAUUGGAAGAAAAGCCCGUCUCUGCUCCCCUGAACACUCCACAGGCUCCAUCUGGCUGCCUCCCCGUUUCACGGCAGCUCUCUGAAGAAUAUUACCAGCCCUUGAAACCUCAAGUGGCAAAGCCUGAAAGAAAGAGAAGCCUCAAAAAGACAUUUUCCUUUAAGGAUAAGAGACAGGAUGGGAACAAUGCUCAGGUUAAGGAUAAAAAGCAUGAUGAAAACAAGGCCAAGCCUAUUAAAAGGCCAUCCUUCCUUGCUUUGCGCGGCACACCUGUCAAACCGCCAGUUCGGAAUGUGCUACCAGGAGAGUCUUACUACGAGAAGCUAUCGGAGGAGAUGGUGAGAAUUGUCAAAGCUCGGGAAUCGAUUAAUGUUCAGGCAGACGAUGUGUUUGAAGCUGAAAGCUUUAUAGCCAACGAUGUCGAGGCUGACGGAAAACCAGCCCAUUCCGACGCCUUUCUGAUUGACCAGAUUGUAUUGCUGCUGCAAAGAGAAGGAGAUCGAAUUGAUAACAAGCUCAAGGAGAAUGUCGCACUCAGCACUUUUUUCAAAAGCCUGGACUACAGCUCUUUCCAGCAGUUGGCAGAUCGUUAUGUCGAGACUGAGAUCAGGAAUCAGGAAGCCCAAGGAAGAAUCCCAGAGCUAGUCAAGUUUGCUUUCACUUUGGACCUUACUGCCAAGGUGGCUGGUAUCUGUAACCAUACAGUCAAUCGCAUUAUGGGCUUUGGGAAUCAGUAUCUUCAAGACCGUUUCACACAGUAUGCCAACAGUCAGCCAAUGGAUGUUAAUUUCACACCAGCAGAAAGCAUUCCCAGCCCUGACUGAACCAGGCCUUGUGGUUUUUUUCCACUGAAUGUCUUAUUCAAACUGCUACUUGCCAGGAAUCUCGGGGAACCAGAAUUAUUCUUGCUGAGAACUCUUAUUUUAUUAAAAAUGGAGAAUUUUAGAUUUAUUUAUUUAUUUUUUUUAAAUUGUGACAGUUCAACUAGAAUAUUGAUUUCUGGCAAAGCAGGGAUUAUCUUUUGAGCUAUGAUGCCAAAAGCAUUCAUUAGACUAAACAUGUCUGAAGAGCAACGGAAGAUGAGGAAGGAACAAACUAAGGAAGGAGCAAAGCCUCUGAUAGAAGAAUGGAUAUUUUGUGUGUGUGUGUGUGUGUGUGAAUCAUGGCCUCCACAUACUACUGUACAUAUCCACAAACCUGAGAGGUGAAGUAGGAGGUGAUUGUAUUUGCGCAGAAGUUGUUCAAGGUCUUAAUUAUGUGUGCAUAGUACAGUGGGGUUCUUAUUUAUAUCUUUUGCACAGAGUAGCCACUAUAAUAAGAAUACGCAUACAGCAGUGUACAUUAAAUAUGUCCGAUAACACAGCAAGUAACCCUGAAUAGGUUAAUUUGUGCGAAGGUCCUUUUUGGUAAACAGGACAUGUUUUGGGAGGUCUGAGGCACUUAGGACCACUUUUGCUGUAGUCGGUACACAAGUUCCUCCAUUAUCUACAACAGAUUUUGUUUUAGUUUUUUAGAGUCUUGUAAAGCCUAUUUUUAACUGCAUGUGCUUUGAAUAUGUCCGGUGAGAACAAAGGAUGUGUCUUUGAGAUGCAUGACAGUGCAGUUCAGAUAAAUAAUGCAAAAUGUAUUGAUAACGUUAGCUGAUAAGGAUUUAAUUUUGUUUGUUUGUUUGAUAACAACAAGGAAUCUUUUCUGUGCAUUUCAAGCUCGUAUCUUGCUUACAAUGUCUGGCUCUCAAAGAAAAUGCAUCCUUUAGCUUUUUUUCUGUGCAGUAUUGUAUUUACAUUUUAAUAUAGGAUUUUUUGGCUUUUUUUAACUAGUCACCUGUUUAUUGCUUAUUAUUCGGCCGAUGACUUUAUCCAAGGCAACUUACAACGGAUUACAUUUUUCUAAAUGGAGCCCAGGCAAGUGAAGUGACUUGCUCACGGUCACACAGUGUCAGUAGUAGGGUUUGAACCCAAAAGUCUUAUCCACUACACCACAGUGCCUGCUUAGUCCAUCCAUAUAGACCGGCAUAGUGGUUUAGGCUUUGGACUUCAAAUCCUGCUCCUGACAAGGUGUGACCCUGAGCCAAGUCACUUCGCCUGCCCACCGUACCAAUUGGGAAAAACCAAAGCAGAAGCCAUGCAUCCAGUAUCUCAAAUAGUCCCAGUCACUUUCAGUAAUGCCCACUAGAGGGGGCUAUCCCCAUCAAACACCAGCUAGUAAUGAGGGGGAAAUUUUUUUUUUAUUUAUUUUUUUUCUUUCUUUCCACAAAGUGCUCUGUUAUACUGUAAAGCUCUAAAGAGCACAAAAUGCAGAGAGGAAUUGUCAGCAAAGGCAAUCCAAAGUGAACAAAGUCCCACUACAGAAUCAAAAAAAGAAUAAGAAGUAAACUUCAUCAAAAUGAACUGCCAGGAACUGGGGGAGACCCUCUGGUUUUAUAGAGCAGAGUGCACUUCCACCUCCCGAGGGACCACCCCCAAAACUCCUGGAACGUAACGCAUGCAUCUUAUAUACAUACACAAAAUCAAAAAUGGGGACUGACGCACACAAUCAAAGUGAUAUAACACAAAUCAAAGAAGAGACAAAAAAACAUUAAUUUCAAUUCCAGCCAGACGAAAAGAACCCUGGGAGAUGGAGCAAGUCAUCUUGGUUAAAGGUGUCGGCCAAAUAAUAAGUAAUAUUAAUAUUUGUUAUAGUUUGAAGGGAUGCAAGAUGGUACGUUAGCUAAUGCCGCUUUGUCCUGGGUCGAUAAUCCUAGAUUUGCAGGGGGGCUAAGAACUGUUCGUAUGGAAUUUGCACUUCUAAAGGUGUGUAACUCAAGCUAACAGAUGACUCUGAAAUGCCCUGCUGUGCUUGUGUGUGAGCCCUGUGACUGACUGGCACCUUGGCCGUGAAAAGUGGGAUAGGCUUCAGGGCUUGGGACCAUCGAUUGAAUUAAAAGUGACAAAUGAUUAGCAGAUGUUAUGCAGAUCUUUUAUAAACCUCAAAUGAAUGCAAGUCAUGCUCAUUCUGUACGCUUGUUAAACAAUCAAUGUCCAAAAAAGUGCCUACAGUUAUAAUGUAUUAUGUUCUAGCUAGACCAUAUUAGAUGUGGUUGAUUUAUCUCUGAAAAUUUCAUUGUUAGGGAAAUAUUGAUAAUGGUAAUAACUGUGUGCGAUUAACACUGAUUAAGAAAAGCAUGUUUAGUGAAAUAAGGCAAUUACAGCAGCACAGUGGUUAAGGUUGUUGCCUCAUUGAUCCAGAAUCCUGAUUUUGAGCUCCCUAUACCCUAGUAGUUGCCUAUGUAAAUUUAUCUUUCAGGUGUGCCCAUUUUUCACCCACAUGCCAAAGUACAUGCAGGUUAGAUUAACUAGCGACUUUGGCAUGGCCCAGCAUGAGUGAGGACGUGUGUGUGAGUGAAUGUGUGUGUUGUCUGCAUUGGACAGGCGCCCUGCUUCACCUCUUGCAGCUUGGCUCCGCCCCUAAUGAGCCAGUUGAAGUGAGUUUGUUUAAUGAGGUAACGUCCAAUCAGCACUGCAGAGUGCGAAUGGUUAAUAUUACCACACAGGCCAGAAUUUUCCCAAUCCUAAAUCAUACAUUAACUCUAACUUUACAUUUUUAUGUUUUAUUUGAAGAAUAUAACAUUGCAUACAAUCAAGUCAAAUAAUAAUGAAAAUAGAAAUUUCGCCAGUCCUUGAGCUAAAUUGCCAAAUACUAGGUCAGCCUGCUCAUACAACGUAAAUCUCGUCUUUGCACUUAGAAGCACAAGUAGGGCAUACAGUCUGUGGUAAUACUUCACAGCCUUCCCGAUAUGCACAGCUUAGAGUUGCAUUCCUGUUUUUAUGAUAAUUGAGGUCUUUUACUGUGAAUAAUAAUUAAAUGUACACUGGAUCUGGGAAUGUGAGCCAUAUUGAGAAAAACACUUGUAUACGUAUACCUCAUUUGCAUAAACCAAAAUUUGAAGAAUGCCUUUAAUACUUUGUAAAUGGAAAAAAUUGUUUUUGUGACUUUUAUGUGAGCUGGCACUCACAAAAUAUAUGGUGCUAUGUUAUAAACUGUUUAAAAUAAAUUGUACUGUUUUUGGUA